AUGUUCGAGACAAGCGGAUACUUUGAGAAAUCCAGCAACUUGUCUGUGCAGAAUGGUGACUUUGCAAAAGGAACUAGGAUGGAAUGCGUUGCGGUCGAGCUUGUAUACCUUCCAGGGCACUUCAACCAAGUGUGUACUACCUUCACCCUCCAAGCCACUCUCUCCCUCAUCAGUCUUCUCCAAGUUGACCUCUUCAUCUUCACUUGGAUCCGACGCAUUAGACGCUUCCUGUUUACGCUGUUGGUUUCGUGCUGGCUCAUACGUGCAACGACUAACAUCCAAUUCCCAGCGAAGCGUCGUUGGACUUGA